CCACCUGUCAGUGCUCAUCCAUGCCAUCUGCCAGUGCCACAUAUCAGUGCCCAUCUGAGCUGCCUUUUAGUGUCACCCAUCAGUGCCAGUCAGUGCCACCUAUCAAUGCCAGUCAGUGCCACCUAUCAGUGCUGCCAAUCAGUGCCACCUAUCAGUGCCAGUCAGUGCCACCUAUCAGUGUGCAUCAGUGGCACCUAUCAAUGCCAGUCAGUGCCACCUAUCAGUGCCAUAUAUGAGUGCUGCCUUUCAGUGCCCAUCAGUGAUGCCUGUCAGUGCCCAUCAGUGCCACCUACCAGUGCCUCCUCAUCAAUGCCCGUCAGUGCCGCCUAACGGUGCCAUUCAGCGCCACCUGACAGUGCCAGUCAGUGCCGCCUAUCAGUGCCAUAUAUGAGUGCUGCCUUUCAGUGCCCAUCAGUGA